AUGCAAGACUUACCACCUAUUGGAGGCUACGAGCCUAUUCAAUGGAAAAGAAAUUUACCGUCGCGUGGGUUCAGAGGAUCAAUAUACUUUUGGGGUAUAUUUGGGAUAGUAUCGUUUGGUUUUUAUAAAUACUAUCAAGGGGUUAAUGAGCAAAGAGAACUAACAAGAGAAAAAAAAUGGGCAAGAUUCUAUCUUGAGCCUUUAUUGCUUGCGGAAGAUGAUAGGAAUAUAGCUAGACGUUAUUUUGCUGAGAAGGAGAGACAAAAAUUGAUCAAAGAAAGUGUUUCUGAUGCCAAAGUUAAAGAAGAGAUUGAAGGUGAUAUUUAUAAUGACAAGAGUAAGACUAGAUUCCCUCGUUUCGUGGCCGGCCUUGGCCCUAGGGAUACAUGA